AUCCUUCUUCCCAUGAACAAUAAAGUGAAUCUCUUGGAUCUCCCAGAAAUCAUCUCGCAUGUUGGUCGCUUUCUCGAUCAGAAUGACCACCUGAUCUGCAUUCGCGUCUCCAAGAUAUUUUACUCUACUCUUAUCAGGUCCAUAUGGAGGACAAUCUUGGUUUCAUCUGUACAAGGAUAUCCAUCUGGCGAAGCACUGCAGAACAACAAGAAAUACAUAGAAGGGAUUAGACUAUAUGGCGACAUUCCAAAGGAGUAUUGGUCUUGCAGGGAUGUCAUCGCCUCGAGUUCAUCGCUACGAAGCAGUGUCAACACGGUACAUGCCCGACCCAACCCAACUCUCAAACCUCAUCAACUUCAUAAUUCCACCAUCACCAGAAUUCACUUAACCAGGUAUUCGGUUUCGGAUGAGCUCUGGCAGACACUUCUGGGAUGCACCAAUCUCGAGCGCCUAGAAAUAGCUUACACGCGUACAAAUGCCAACAUCGAUCUAUUUUUUCAACUACCUUUCAACUUCCAAAAUAGUGAGGCCAGCGAGCAUAUCUUCCCAAAUAUGCACACACUAAGUAUUAGAAGCGUCAAAAUAAUCAAUCCCCCAUAUCCGUACACAUCAUCUUAUUGUCUCGGCAUGUUGGUCAGGGAAUGUCCAGGGUUGUGUGCACUGACAUUUGACGAUGGCACAGAGUCCUACAAAAUUGAGCAACCAAAACACAAUGAUUUCCGCAGGGCAGCAUUCCUUCAGCAUCCCUGGGCACUAACAAACUUAUCAGAGUUAUGUAUGCCUUCUAUGAUCAUAAAAGACGAGGAGCUUGCAGCGCUUCUCAGACAGAUGACUGAAUUAAGAAAGCUACAAGUCCCAUCUUGUGAACUCGGCCAACUCUCUCUGCAAGAGUUGCUAACUGAAAAACAAGGAAUUCUGAGUAAUGGUCAUACGAUGCGGAAGACAAGGCAUCGGAGGCUCUGCGAGACUGUUGAAGUAUUGACAUUCAAUGUACAAAGCGCAGAUGGCAUUGUUCAAGCCAUUUUAUCAAAUUGCCCGCGCUUGAAGCGGAUGAGAGGAUCUAAAGUAACGGUGACAGAGAUUGUCAAUGGUUCAAGAUGGGUGAGCACUAACCUGACUGAUCUGAAUAUCUACCUUGAGGCAGACGUUGAUCAAGAGACAGCAGAAGGCAUGGCGAAGUCGCGUAUUGCGUCCAAACAACUCGGAAAGUUGACUCGACUACGUUAUCUUGAUCUAACACGACAGAGUCCGAGAAUAAGGGGGAAAAACGGACAACUGGAUAUAAAACUAAGAGCAGGUCUCGAUGAGUUAGUCAACCUGAAGAACCUGACUUGGCUAUGGUUUAGAUAUGAUGGAAGUCAACGAUUAGACUUUGAGGAUGCAACAUGGAUUGUGAAUAAUUGGCCAAACAUCGAGUUCUUGUCUCACUUUCUGAUAGACGACGACCUCUCUGUAUCCACUUCCGUGGAUUCUUUAUUCGGUUCACGCAAUAUUAUACGUAGUUAGACUAAAGAAAGAACCACAUUAUCACUUCAUGGUCUGCUAUGAAUAAAACUCUUUGGACAUUCACUUGCCCAAAGUGUGUCUACUUU